GUGGCAGAAAGGCAAACGCUGUGUCUUUAAACCCUUCCCUCCGUGAGUUGAGUAGGUUAGGUUUCUAUGGCAGCUGGGUCGUCUUUUGCGGGUUUGGAGGUUCCGAUAAUCGGCAGUGAUUCCGUGAGAUGGUUGAAUGUCUCCGUCCCUUCUUCUUCUUCUACUUCCACUUCCACUUCAGCCUUUGCUCCUCCUACUGAAGACGCUGCUUCCUCUUGCUGCAACAUUGGCGAUCCUCCUACUUAUUUCAUCUGGAGAAUAAACAAGAGCUGUCCAAAUGUUCUGGAGAUAGUUGAGUUCCGCAGUUUUGCAGAGUUUUCAAGGGUUGGUUUGCGGAUCGAGUUUGCUAGUGCACUAUCACCAUAUGCUUAUUUAUGCAAAAACGAGGUCUCUAGUGCUUCUAGGAACCCGUACAUGCUUUAUGCGUUGACUGUUUCUGGAGUUGCCUAUCUUAUUAGACUGAAUGAUAUUGCUAGUUAUGGAUCAUGCUCUGUUUUGCCACCUAAUGAGGUAGUUGAGUUGCGUAUUACAGAUUAUUGUGAUUAUGGAGCAAUUACAGCUAUAGCAGCCACCAAUGGAUGUCUUAUAAUAGGGGGACAGGAUGGAUCCAUUGGUUGUUUUCGACUUGGCAUGCUUGAAUUUAGUGCUCCAGGUUUCCUGCAUGAACUACGAGAUGAUUCAAGUUUUGGUCGUUUGUGGAGUUUAAUGUCGAGGAGGACUGUCGCGUCAGUGAAAGAUCUGGUAUGUAUAGACAUUCAUGGGAGAAAACUUCUUUUUGUGCUUCAUGCUGAUGGAGUAUUACGAGUGUGGGACCUUUUGAGCUGUAGCAAACUUCUGAGUUAUACCAUUAAUGUUUCAACAUCUGAAGGAGCUAGAUUCUCGAAGUUGUGGGCAGGCGAAACUACCAAUGAUAAAAGUAUAGUACCUUUGGCGGUCCUGCUUAAGCUUAAUUCGGAAGUUGAUGGAGAGAUGAUCUCUUUAUAUAAUUUGCAAUAUAAUCUAGGAGGGAAGGCUAAUAUGUCAAUUGAGCCCUCAACAAUGAACAUUUCCGUUGAGGAGGAGAGUGUAAUCAUUGAUGUCAAACUUUCUUCAAAUAAAAUCUGGAUACUCAAAGAAGACGGAUUGGUACUGCACAACAUUCAAGGUCCAAGUGAGAGCAGGGAAUACGAGCAAUGCUUUGGUUUACAGGAAUCGUUUAUUGCUGAACAACUAUUUCAAAGUUCUGAGCAUGCUGCAGAUGAUCUUUUUUGGCUUUCUCAGUCACUAUAUCCCUCUGCAAAGGAGCAAAUUGCUUCUCGUGUGACCUCAAUCUUCUUGCGUAUGCUAUUUCUUCCGGAUGUUUACCAUAAUUCUGUUAUUCGAGCAACACUACAAGAUCAUAACAAACACUUCACUGAUUCUGAGUUUCACUCUUUAACUGCUGACGCAAUGAAAAAGGAGAUUAUUUCCGUAAUUGAACACGAGGGUGUUUUGCGGAGUCCACUCUCACUUGUUUAUGGCUGGAAAAACUUCUGUUCACACUACAUUGACAAUUGGUGUAAUAAGAAUGGACCAUGUGGGUUACUUGUUGAUUCAUCAAGCGGUGCUAUUGGUUUAAUAAGAAAAUCAUCAGUUUCUCUAUUGCGUUGUUUGGAGGAUAUAGAGCUUCUAGCUUUCGGGUGUUUUGAUGAACUUGGGGAAGUUGCAAACUCUAAGAUCAACUUAUCAAGUAAUCUCGAACAAGAAGUGCUUUUUGAGGUGUUGCGGUGCACCACUAGUCUUAGCCAACAACUCGGGAAAGGUGCCCCUGUGUUAUUUUACCAGUCAUUUUUCAGCCAUCCGUCUAUAUCUCCUGAAGAAGUUGUGGGAAGUUUCUUGAAGGUUCUUGAAACCCGCUGUACUUCUUCCACAGCAGCAGCUCUCCGUGUAUCAGAGCUAGGUGCUGAUGCUGCUUGGGAUAAGAAUGUCGGUGACCACAAAUUUCUUAGAAAAUUUUCAACCGACAUUUUCUUAUCACUUCAUGGGUUGUACCGAAAAGCUGGCACUUGGGACAAAGUUGUGGAUGUUAUAUUAAAAUACCUCAACUUUUUAGUGCCUCAAAAGAUUGAACACAAAUCAGAUGAUAAAGCGGUAUUGGAUAUUAGAACAUGCGUAACGGUCCAAGUGACUUCACAAGUUGCUAAAGUGAUGUUUGAAUCUGCACUGGACAUAUUAUUGCUGCUCAGCUAUAUGAUGAAGUUAGGUGGCCAGAUAAAUAUGUUACCUGAAGUUGUUUCGAGGGUACAACUGGAACUAUUUCCAUUGAUCCAAGAAAUUAUCACGGAGUGGCAUAUAAUACAUUUCUUUGGGACCACACCUUGUGAAGCACCUACUAUGGAAGAUUUCAGUUCUCAACUCUCUUUAUUACAAAUUGAUAGUAGUGCCAAUCGAAGAUCAUGGAAUGACAAGCUUGGGAAAUGUGACUUCACUUUGGCUUUUAUUUUGUUACUUGAUCAUCAGAAUUCUUUUGAAAGUGUUGUUUCAAGACAUCUUCCAAAUCCCAAUUCUUUAAUUGUUCCUGUACACAACUUCACUAGCUGGAUCGUUUGGGGCAGGAGUGAAGACGAGUCAUCUUGUUUUUCUUCUCGCUCAACUAUGCUUGCUUUGAUCUUACUUAAGCAUGGGCAGUAUGAUGCUGUUGAGCACCUUCUUACGAUGGUGAACCAAAAUCUACUAAAGGAGAAAAUAUCUAGCAGUAUUCAGGAUGUUAACAAUGAAUGGUGCAUCCUCCUUCACCUUCUUGGCUGUUGUCUUCUUGCACAAGCACACCGUCAAGCACCACCAACUUCUACCGACAAGAAAGUUAAUGACGCUAUUUCCUGCUUUUUUAGAGCUGCAUCUUUGCACAAGGCUUCUAUGUCAUUGCAGAACUUGUCGUCCGAAUCUGGAUUGCCGCACAUUAAUUUUCCUGAUCAUGUCUCCUCACCUGGUGCUUGGAAGCUUCAUUAUUAUCAAUGGGCAAUGCAAAUAUUUGAGCACUAUAAUAUGAGUGCAGGUGCCUGCCAUUUUGCUCUUGCUGCUCUUGAACAAGUUGAUGAAGUUUUGGGCCUCAGUGAAUCGCCCAUCACUACUAAAGGGCGACUUUGGGCUAAUGUAUUCAAAUUUACGCUUGAUUUGAACCAUUACCAUGAUGCAUAUUGUGCUAUUAUUUCUAAUCCCGAUGAAGAAAGCAAAUACAUUUGCUUGAGGCGCUUUAUCAUUGUUCUUUAUGAGCGUGGUGCCAUUAAGAUACUUUGUGAUGGUCAAUUACCUUUUAUUGGUUUAGCUGAGAAGGUGGAACAGGAGCUUGCUUGGAAGGCAGAGCGUUCAGAUGUAUCAAUAAAACCGAACCCUUACAAAUUAUUAUAUGCGUUUGAAAUGCAUCAACAUAACUGGAGGAAGGCUGCGAUUUAUAUGUACCUUCAUUCAGCACAACUGAAAAAUGAAGCGGCUUUGAAAGAAUCCCAGCUCAGAUCGUUGGCUCUGCAAGAAAGAUUAAACUGCCUCUCUGCCACUAUAAACGCACUGCAUCUUGUCCGCCCAUCUUCUGCAUGGAUCAAUCCCGUGCUUGAAGGAAAGUCUAUUCAGAAUCCAAGUAAAAAGCCUAGAAUUACUAUUACAGACCACGAUGCUGAUGAUCAUCUCCCAAGCCAGAAACUGGAUUCCUGUAUAGAUAUCGAGAAACUUGAAAAUGAGUUUGUUUUAACUUCAGCAGAAUAUUUGCUCUCACUGGAAAAUAUUCGAUGGACAUUUGAAGGGAUUGAGAAGCCUCCACCAAACCUGGUUGAGUUGUUGGUUCAUUCAAAUCUAUAUGAUAUGGUUUUCACGGUAAUUCUGAAAUUUUUUGAGGGUUCAGCAUUGAAGAGGGAACUGGAAAGAGUUUUUAUUGCCAUGUCGCUGAAAUGCUGUCCAAGCAGGGAAAAUUCUAAAAAACAUGUUCUGCUUCUAACACCUUCAAAAGACGAGGCUGUUGAUAUUGCAGCACAUCAUUCUAAAGGGAACGACCAGUGGGAGGCACUUGAGCAGUACAUAGAAAAAUAUAAAUGCUUCCAUCCUAGAUUACCAGUAAUUGUUGCAGAAACUCUUCUCUGUGCUGAUCGGUUGAUUGAACUUCCUCUUUGGCUUGUUCAGAUGUUCAAGGGUACACUGAACGGAAGAUGGGGCAUGGCUGGGUCUGAAUCAAGCCCUGCAUCUUUGUUCCAACUUUAUGUGGAUUAUGGGCGAUAUCCAGAGGCUACUAAUCUGCUGCUUCACUAUAUCGAAUCUGUUUCAUUACUGAGGCCAGCUGAUGUUAUUCGUAGAAAGAAGGCAUGUGCAGUGUGGUUUCCAUACACAACAAUUGAACGAUUGUGGUGUAAACUUGGAGACUUGAUCAAUUCAGGCCAUAUGGUCCAUCAGUGUGAAAAGCUAAGAAGCCUCUUACAUGCGGCUCUGCUCAAGCAUUUCAAACAGCUACAUGUUGACUCAGAUGAUGUGAUGUCCUCAGCAACCUCUUGAUACUUCCUCCUUGUCACCAUCAUGUAAAAACGAUUUGAUUUCCGUGUAACAUCACGUUCAAGUAAUUAUACGCGCUGUCAAAAGUAACCAGCAAAGCCAAAGUGUGUUUCAAUUUUGUAAAAGUACAACCAAAUAGGAACCAACAUCUCCUAGUUGUUUUACAAGUUUCAGGUAGGGUUUUGCUUGCUUUCUUGAUGGAUUUUAUUUUUUAUUACUUUUUUUGCA